GCAACGAGGAAGCACAAUUAAAAUGAAGCUCCACUGUGGCGGUGGCCUUUCUCCCUCCAGGAUUCUCUCCGCCAUCUCCAUCGUUGCCCAGCGAGAUCGUGAUCGUCCUCUUUGUGUUGCCAACCCACACCAUCCGCGCCGCACGCCAUGCGCCCUGCCAGAGGCUGAAACCUAGCGUAUGGUGUCAACUCGAAACACCCAAACCCAAUUCGGUUAUUUACAGCACUAGUAAUCUGUCUGACUCUACCAGUAGCGAAAGUGGAAGGUUGACCUGAUUUCACCAACGAUCACGGUCCAAAGAAUCGAACUCGUUCUGCCACAAACUGAAAUUUUCCGGAUGAGCCGCACUGCGCCAGCGAACGUCUCAACGACGCUAGCGAGGCACUGAGUCUUCACUGAAGCCAGAAGCGCUGAGAUAAAAAUACCUGUGUGUCCGAUUUCUUUGAGAGAGAAAAACUGGCGAGAAUCUCUGUGACCCUGUGAUCUAGAAUCCCCACUCAAUGAGCUUCCCGUUCUCUGUUUUUCACCGUGAGGAGGUCAAGGGCUUCAGAACAAACAGCACUCCAAUUAUUUACAUUCAACAUUUAAUUUUGUCUACGUCGUAUCUUGAACAAUCAUCUGUGUUAAAAGCGGUCUGACUGGCUGAACCGAAUUCCCACAAAUAAUAUCAUACGCUCACU